GGAACCGGGGAGAGGAGCAGGAGGAGCAGGAGGAGCAGGAGGAGCAGGAGGAGCAGAUCGGGUCCUGGUCCCCUCCUGCUGGCAGUGUGAGGACAGGAGGUGGACCGAGCGAUGGGGGACGUGGAGGACGUGCGAGCGUCUCAGGCGGUCCGUCUCUUUGAGACCCUGGUGCAGGCGUCCAGCUGCAGGGGGACGCUGCAGGCCUUCAGCACCCUGUGCAGACAGCUGGACCUGGACCCGCUGGACCACCACAACUUCUACGGCCACCUGAAGGACGCCGUCCGGUCCUGGAAGGUCCAGGCUCUGUGGACCAAACUGGACAAGAGGGCCCAGAACAAGGUCUACGGCCAGAACGGCGCCUGCAGCGGAACCCGGGUCCUGGUGGUGGGCGGGGGUCCGUGCGGCCUGCGCACCGCCAUCGAGCUGCGCCUGCUGGGCUGUAAGGUGGUUCUGAUCGAGAAGCGGGACACGUUCUCCAGGAACAACGUUCUGCACCUGUGGCCCUUCGCCAUCCACGACCUGCGGGGCCUCGGGGCCAAACACUUCUACGGGAAGUUCUGCGCCGGAUCCAUCGACCACAUCAGUAUCCGCCAGCUGCAGCUGAUGCUGCUGAAGGUCAGCCUGAUCCUGGGGGUCGAAGUUCACGUCAACGUGGAGUUCGUCAAGCUGCUGGAACCCAGCGAGGAACCGGACGCUCCGGGCUGGAGAGCUCUUGUCCUUCCUUCGUCUCACUCCGUCUCUGAGUUUGAGUUUGACGUCGUGAUCGGAGCCGACGGACGGAGGAACACUCUGGAGGGAAGGAGUUCCGGGGGAAGCUGGCCAUCGCCAUCACGGCCAACUUCGUGAACCGGAACAGCGCGGCGGAGGCGUCGGUGGAGGAGAUCAGCGGCGUGGCCUUCAUCUUCAACCAGCGCUUCUUCCUGGAGCUGCGGGACGAGACGGGAAUCGACCUGGAGAACAUCGUUUACUACAAAGACCAAACUCACUACUUCGUCAUGACGGCAAAGAAACACAGUCUGCUGGAGAAGGG